ACCUCCUUCCUCCCUCCAACCGCGGCGCCGGCGACUCGAAGUUGACGCCUCCUCCUCCUCCUCCGCGCCGCCGCCGCCGCCUCCGACCAGCACACCGGUCCGGUGUGUCUCCUCCCCUCCCCUCCCAAGCCGCAGCCCCACCGCCUUCUGCCGCCGAGUCUCCCCUGUCCGCUCCCUCGCCAGCAGCACCGGCGGCGACGGUGUCCGUCCUCACGACUCAGAUGUCUUUUGAUGCCACAACAAAGGAUUACCUGUGCUUUCUUGCGCCGGUGUGCCGCUGUCGCUUCUGGUGCUCAAUAAUAUCUCGGUAUUGGAUUUGAUAGUCACCGAAGCUCCGCCUCAAUUCCCCCAAUGGAAGUGGCGCCGCUCCCUCCUGGAUACCGGUUCCAACCGACCGAUGUUGAACUCAUCCUCUACUAUCUAAAGAGGAAGAUACUGGGUAAAAAGUUGCGCCGCAAUGCUGUUACAGAAAUCGAUAUCUACAAAUUCGCCCCCUGGGAUCUUCCAGGGAAAUCUUCAAUGCCAACUGGGGAUCUUCAGUGGUAUUUCUUUUGUACUUGCGGUCGGGAGUACCCUACCGGGUCAAGAACUAACCGGUCAAACCAAGCUGGGCACUGGAAAGCUACUGGAAAGGACAGGAAGGUGGUCUAUAAUUCUCGGACUGUUGGGAUGAAGAGGACGCUGGUGUUUCAUGCUGGCAAGGGACGCAAGGAGAAAAGAACUGACUGGGUCAUGCAUGAAUAUAGGCUGGUCGAAAGCGAAAUUCCUAAUGCCGGUGUUAGACUGGAUGAUUUCGUUCUCUGCAAAGUCUAUCAGAAAAGUGGUCCAGGUCCCAAGAUUGGGGAACAGUAUGGCGCUCCAUUCGAGGAAGAGGAAGAGGAAAUGAAUGAUGAUCCAAAUGGGGAAGCUUACUGUUUAUCCCAUUCUUCCGCACCUGGACCAAGCCAUGGUGGUGUGUUGAACUCUGCGGGUCAAUCGGUUUGUGAUGGCGGCAGGACUUCCUUGAGCAUUUUGUCAGCAAAUAACGGCAAGAGCUCCUCCAGUGGUGUCCAUCCUGACCGGGCUUCUCGUCCGGAUGUUAACUGGGACAGGAUACAUAUACAGCAGUUAGCUGAUAUACUGGGUUGUCUCUCGACGAAUCAUGUAGGCCAAGAUGGUCCAUCGUCUGAUUCGACCACUUACCAUGACACAGAAGCAUUGUUUGACGAUAGUGAAGCUAUAUUUGACAUAACGGACCAAGUUGUGCCUUCUUCACUGGUUAGCCUCUGCAAGCAGUGUGACUCGUGCGGCGUUCGGCUGAUCGACCCUUUGCUGGAACCGGUGGCAGGCGAAGUGUACCUGGAGCUGAAUGACCUGCUGUUGUGCCAUGCCGGCCAUGUUCCAGACGGCAGUAGCCAGGCGCUGGUGCUGUCCAGCGGUGCAUGCCAUGAGGGCCCUCCAAUGGAUUAAGGCAACCUCCAUAGUAGCAGCGCGGCCAGUGGCACCGUAUCUGCAGCAGUUUCAGGGUCAGGGGCACCGUCUAGCUAGAAGAAGUUUGGGAUCUCAGGGGUAUGCUCAGUUGUCACUUGAGGCUUUUAUUCUUGGUUGUGCAUUAGUCAUCUGUCAAGGAAGUAACGUGGGAGUCUGACAAGGUGUACUAGUCUACUCAGUAGGUAGUUUUUUUGGUCGGCGUGAGACGUCGAAGGAUCCGCAACCGUUUCUUGUUGCGAUGAGGAGGCAAAUAGAUAUGGAAGGGAUGAGGAGAAGAUGUGAAUAUUGGGAGCGGAGCGGAGGGUUCUUUCCCUUGAGUUUUUAGUGACUGGAUGGCAUGCGCAGGUUGAGGUGUGAGUUAUAUCUAUCAUGUCACAGAAUUUUAGCUAAAAAUUCAACUCACACCUAGAGAAAAAAUGACAAAUCAUGACAUGAAUGCUGUUAAUUUAAACUGGGCUGUGAAUUGGGCCUGUUUGCCUCAAAAAAUAAAGGUAUGCGAAUUUACGACUGAAA